UAAAUUAUAGAUAGCGUCUAAUCAGAGUCUAUAAUUAUUUCAUUAUUGUGUAACAACAGUAAUUAGUAUAAAGAGUAUUUCACACGUGGUCUCUUUAUUGUUAACGUAACGUAUUUAAUAAGUUUUAACAAGUGAAAAUUAGAGUUUUUAUAUAUUAAAAGUAACCUAGCCCGCGCUGACAAUGUCGCCAUCUUGUGGACUUGCAUGAUUUGAUAUGAACAGUUUUGGAUUCAAGUUUACAGAUGACGACGUCGAUGUAUAAAGUUUGCAGAAUGAUUCCGCGUUGUUAAAAAAAAGAGAUGAUAAAUAUAAGACUGUUCUCUACAAGUAUAUGGGGGACUUUGGAGCUGCCAGUCUCUUCUCGAGUACCCCAGCGUCUGGGUGCAGACAAACAAGCACCUCCUCAACGGUGACGCUGCUGAGCAGCCAGGUGGGAGCAAUGCAAGACGAUUUGCUGAUUGAAAAGCAGGGCAGCGCUAAAGCGGCGCCCCUUUCACCUGGAUUAGACCCAACUGGUGUUCAGGAUAAAUCCAAGGACGCGUCUGAAGCUGAGAGUAUUGCUAUUGCCCCCACAACUCCCUCAUCCAUGGACAAGGACAUCACGUCUUGUGGCACGACCUCAAGUCUCCAAGGAUUCACUGACCCCGUGAGAGUACCAAGUCUCUGGGCAACUGCUCCGGAAGAUACUGGACUUCAUGCAUUACCUGUUAAUGGCUCGAUCGCUACCUUCCAAAACUUUCCAACUGGCGCUCCUGGACUUUUUGCUGGAUCUGGAGCACGUCGAGCCAUUACUGCAAGCCAUAACUUCCCCCAACAUGGGAAUGCUUCGCCAGCAGGUAGUAGACAUAGUCUUCAAGUCGGAAAUCAGCCGCAAACUCAACAACAAGCUCAACAGGCUCAGCAAACUAGUCAACAACCCCCUUCGUCACAUACUGGAGUUUAUCUCCAAGGCAAAGGUUAUGCUGCAUGGUCUGGAGGACCUCAAGCACCUCAACAAUGGGGUGGUGGACCUCAAACGGCAGCUAGUCCAGCAUUAUCACCUUGGAGUCGAGGUCGGUCAGUACCCAAUUUACCACCGCUACAUUCUUCAUUACAUGCAGCUGCAGCAGUUGCUGCAGCGGCUGGACUUCAAGGUAGAAAACCUAGUCCAACAUUUCCUGGUCAUCCAGGACCUAACCAAGCUCAUCCAUCAAAUAUUAGUCCAGUUAAAUUCCGUCGGAGCACGUCAUAUCCUGGAAAAGGAAAUUUGUAUCCACCACAACCUGCACCUACUUUUGAAGUCACUACUGCUGACGAACGAGAUCUUUUACAACUUCCAUAUCAGCAGGAUCGUAUGACGGCGAAUGGAAACUCUCCACUGGACAAUAUGAGAAGUCUGGAGCACUAUUUAAGUGACAUAAUGCGGGCAGGAGUAGCAGACACACCGGAACAUCUAAAGGGAUUUAUCAACUGUAAUGCCACUGCGCUUCAGUCACUUGCUCAACUGCAUGGGAAAUCUCCAUUCUUUCCGGGACUGGAAGACCAGGGUGGAACCUUGCUGGAGGAUCCAACAGGCGGUGGACAACUAGAUGGCGUAGGAGUAGGUGUAGGGGUAGGUGUUGGAGUAAAUGUAGGUGUUGGCGUUGGAGGAGGCAUCACCGCACCCCAGACAGCACCGCUUUCAUCACCAAGUCGUAGCAGCCCUCACAGUCAAGGCAGCGAGACAGGCGAGCGGUUCUCCAGGAAAGUCUUCGUCGGCGGUCUGCCACCGGACAUUGAUGAAGACGAAAUCACUGCGAGUUUCCGGCGCUUCGGACAGCUGGUUGUUGAUUGGCCACACAAAGCAGAAAGCAAGUCAUACUUUCCCCCCAAAGGUUACGCUUUCCUCCUAUUCCAGGACGAAGGCUCAGUUCAACAGCUAAUUGACGCUUGCAUCCAAGAUGACGACAAGCUCUAUCUCUGCGUCAGCUCGCCCACGAUUAAAGACAAACCUGUUCAAAUUCGUCCUUGGCGCUUGAGUGAUGCAGACUUUGUGCUUGAUGCUUCAAUGACUUUAGAUCCACGGAAAACAGUGUUUGUAGGUGGAGUACCACGACCUUUAAAAGCUGUUGAAUUAGCAAUGAUUAUGGAUCGGCUCUACGGUGGGGUUUGUUAUGCCGGAAUUGACACUGAUCCUGAACUCAAAUAUCCCAAGGGUGCUGGCAGAGUGGCGUUUAGCAAUCAGCAGAGUUAUAUCAGUGCUAUCUCAGCACGAUUUGUUCAACUGCAACAUGGUGAUAUUGAUAAGAGGGUUGAGGUUAAACCGUACGUAUUAGACGAUCAAAUGUGUGACGAAUGUCAAGGCCAGCGUUGUGGUGGAAAGUUUGCGCCCUUCUUUUGUGCAAACGUCACUUGUCUUCAAUAUUAUUGUGAACAUUGUUGGGCAACAAUUCAUUCAAGACCAGGGCGAGAAUUCCACAAACCACUGGUGAAAGAGGGUGCAGACAGACCUCGUUCAGUACCCUUUCGCUGGUGAUAACCCCAACUGCGUCGUUCCUAAUUAUCUCGCAGUCCUAGCUAAUUAACUAUCACUUCUACAAGCCUCUUAUACCUUUAUCUACUAUUACUACUACUACUAUUCUACUAUUUGAUCAUCACUAUUCUAUACUAUUACUAUUAUUGCUACUACUUACUGCUAUUCCACACCGUUUUAUUACUAUUACUACCGUUGGAGCAGAAUCGACACCCACCUAUAAAUUGGUCGCGUCAACUAGGACGAGGCUAAGUUUCGGCGUCGCCUCGGGCUUCCUUCGAUCUUCGGCCGUGAUUACGAGCAAUUUUAAAAUCACAAGAAGAGGAAUAUACAUCUGCUAGAGUCUGUCAUAUGAUUAUUCUUCUACUGUAACCACUAAUCAAUUCUUCAGACUUGAUAUUAUCGAGAGGAGUUAACACAAGUUGGAUAAUAAUAUGAAGAUCGUCACCAUGGUUGAAGAUUAUGUGUUUUUAUGUAAGCAUGUCAAGAUGUGUAGGGAUUUAAAUAAUGAAAACAAAAAAUUAAAUAACAGGGAAAUCAAAAAAAUGAAAAAAAUAAAAAAAAAGAAGUCGCGUGCCGUACGCGGUUGAAUGUUAAUGAAAAAUUCACGCUUUACUGCUGUGUAUUAGACAAUUCUAUCGCAGUUUCUAGUAAUAAGGACUUAUAGGCUACGUUACGUAGGCAUGAAUAUUGCGCAGAGUGGCCGUAUGUAUAGGAAACGGCGAAACGAGAGAAGAAUAGGUGGAAGUAAUAUUGUCGUUCAUUGUUUGUUUUUUCUUUGCUUAUCAGAACUUGAGAGAAGUUUGACCCACGAUGCUGAGAGGAUAACCCUAGUCUCGUGAAUCAUUGAAAUAAUUCUAGAGUCAAUUUAAAUACCUUCUACCCACGAGCAUUGACAGUGUUAUCAUUUCCUCUCAUCGUCUUGGCUAAGUCUUCUCUUCUGUUGAAUUCAGUUUGAAUUUUUGCGAAAGCACAGAUCUAAGAGAAAUCGAUUAGAAAAGUAUGUCAAUACCUGAGAAAUAACUAAACUAAGAAUUAUCAUUUGUUACGUUUUUUUUAGCUUUUUAUCACUAAACUAUUAUGAAAGCUAAAAAAUUCGUCAUUGGAUCCUCUUAGUUGCGCAUGAGAUCCUCAAUUUGUAAAUACCUAGUAUCUAUUUCCCUUCUAUAAACAAUUGAUAGGCGCAGUAUCAGCGGUCAAGAUAAGCACACUUUUUCCCUGACAAUUAAUUCUCGGUGUAGAUAAUCAAACGGUGCAAUUGCGUAUGUAAUUGAAAUAAAUUUCAAGCGUAAUCACCCGGCCGGGAUUUCACUCACUUCACUGACUAAAUAAAAAAAUUUCACACAGACACCUUAUGCAUACACAAACGCGUAAGAUAGACAUAUGAUAGGGAACAAUAGUCAGGUGCAGUGAUACAUGAGACAACGUUUGUGAAAGAUGAUUAACGCAUUAAAAUAAGGUGGAAUUUUUCAACAAACACACUCUUGUAUACACAUUACAUACAUAUUAUUAAUAAUUAUAAUAACUAUUACCAUACAUGAAAAAAAAAAAUCACGCAAUUCAUAAUAUCACAUACACGCAUACAAUACCUUAUGAAGGAAAAUUAGAGUAAAGGUAUAAAAAAGUAAUCUCCACAACUAUAUAUAUACAUAUAUAUAUUUAUUUUUUUGGUCUCCUUUUUGUAUAUAUGCUCGCCGCCGAUAGAAAUGGCGGCAAUUACAUAGGUAACCGCCCUCGUGCACGAGUGAGAUUAAAGCCACGCGCAAAAGAAGCCGCGAGAAACAAUAUCAUUUUCUCUCUCUUUCUCUCUCUCUCUCUCUCUCUGAUAUCGAGCCAAAGUUUUUUGCGCGAGGCUCGCGCUCAUAAAUAGUCAAGUUCAAGAGUAGUCCUCAAUGAAUUUUAAAUGAAAAUAACCACACGUGGAAAAUCCAUUAAGUAUAGGAAAAUGAGAGUAAGAGUUGGAGAAGCAAAAAAAUAAAAUACAAGAGUUUACGCGUCCGACACACGAUUUCAAAGCAGUUUCAAUCUUCUCUUGUAAGAUCUUCUCGAUCAUAUUUGAUAAUAAUAACAAAAUUGUGAAGUAAACAAUUAAAUGAAGCCAAUGCCGUAAAUAAUUACCAACGAGGCGAUGAUAGAAAUAAUAUAUUAGCGUUCGCAAUCUAAAAGAAAAUUAAAUUUAUUGUAAAACUAAAUUGGGAAAAACUAUUAAGAGUUACCAAGUUAAAUGAAUUUCUUUAUAACCAAGACUCUGUUGAGUUUUGUAAAAUAAAAAAAAUAAGAUGAAUUGUAUAAAACAAAAAUAAAAUAAUUAAUUUUUUUGUAAUGUCUUAAAUAAUGAAUAUUAUUAAAAAAAAAAAAAGAAGAUUUUAAAAAUUUGUAUAAAUAAUUGGAGAUAAUUCGUUAUCAUUAAUUAAUAAAUGACAAAUUAAUGUUACUAUACGAUUUCGAAUGCGAACAUCAUUAAAUUCAAAAAAAAAAAAAAAAUAUAAUAGCAAUUUAAAAGAAAAAUGAACGCGUGAAAUUGUGAGAGAUUAACGAGCAUUAGUUAGUGCAAUUUUACUACAAGUCCUGGCUUCUUGUGUCAGGACGAAAUUUUUAGAUAAUGAUUAUAGAACAGAAAGAAAUCAAGAUUAAUAAAAUACAGAUCUCUGUGUUUUAUGAAUCAAUAGAAGAAAUCUUGAAAAAAAAAAACCGUUCUCGGAUGAAUUUAUAAAUAUAUUAUAUAUGAAUAUAUAUAUAUAUAUAUUUAAAAUUAUAUAUAUACAUAUAAUACGAGAAGCAUAACGCGAUUCAUACAUUUUAGGCAUGAAUUUAUUGUCUGCGGAAGUGGGUUAUAACGCAUUUCUUUCUCACACGUUAAUCCACAAGAAAAGAUAUAUACGGAUUCGUAUGUACACGCGCGCACGUUUACACUUUCAUACAAAACAAAUUGCCUGCAUAAAUUGGAAUUUUAUCCGAAAUAAAAUGCUAGCUAAACACAUAACAUGUUACCAACAUACACAUAAAGUACAUAUACAAAUAACAACAUAAACAUGGACAAAUAAAUAAACAACACGCGUGCACGUUUUAAUAAUUUAAUUAAACAAUCUCAUACUUCUCUGGCAAUAGAUGUGCAUAGCUUUACUAUCUAUCUUGCAAAGUCAUCAAAUUUUUACGUGUCGUACGUUUUCCGUGGUCCUUUGAUAAAUAAUAUUCAAUUGUGUGCAAUAAUUAUCUUCGUUACACACGAAUUGCGCCAGGCAUUUACUCAACUUGCAAAUGUUCGUAUAACAAGUUGUUGUAAAUUUCAUUCUACUACAUUUAUAAUCCGAUGUAUGAAACAAUUAUAUUUUUGUGGUAUGUAGUUAUAUUGAACUAAAAAGAAAAAAAAAACAAACAAAAUACGAAAAGAAAAAUCGUACAUUUGUCGCGCAGUAUUGACAAUCGUCUGGAUGUAUUAGUAAAUUGGUUGGAAUCGAGGCCGCUGCAUAUAAAAGGUUUACUAUUGUUAACGACGACAGGUUUUCAAGUGAGUCGGACUUUUUUAUUUUAAUUUUUUCGAAAAACAAAAAAAAUAAACGAUUGCCGCUCGAUAACGAUUAAAUUAAUUAGCGUGAAAAGCAGCGUCAACUGAAAUAAAUAAAUAAAAAAACCUUGACAAUACAGUCGCUCGUUUGGAGCAUACGAUCAAUGUAUAUUGACGUGAAAUGUGCAGGUAAAAGAAUGGUCCAAACGAUCGGAUGUAAGCACCUUGUUAUAGGUAAUCAUCUAUUAUACGCAUUCGUCGGUAAUCUGAUCGUUCAAGACACGUGACCAUAGUGCAGUAUCGGUUCCCUUGAUAUGGGAUACGUGAGAUGGUCAGUACGAAUAUUACAAAAUAAUAAAAACGUGUGAGCUGAAAUAAAACUCGAUACACACAUGGGCACGUUAGAUGACAAGUAAAAGAACGGGAUAGUUGAUUAAAUCGAAUAGAAAAGAAAUAAUAAUAAAUAUAUUAGGUGUGAUUCUUCACCUCCUUUGUAAUAUGUGUGAUAAAAGCAUCAUGUAUUUAUAUAUAUAUUUCAUCUUUAGCAAAGGAAAGAAAAAGAAAUAGAGAUAUUUAUAUAUAUAAAUAUAUUAAUAAUUAUAAAUAAUAUAAAUAUAAAAUACUAAUAUAUAAUUGAUAAUAAUAAUAUUAAUAUUGAUAAUUAUAAUAAUUAAUAAUGAUAAUGAUAAUAUUAAUAUUAAUUAAAAUAUUUAAUAUAUUGCUACAUACCUUAUGAGGGAUGUACUUGAAGUUAGGUACUAAUUGCACGAUACGAAAAUCAUUACAAUAUAAAAUCACCUAAGACAACAAUAAUCAUAGAAAAAAAAAUGUUACUCUUGAUAUUUGCUGUUUUCAUGACGGCAAUUUUAUUAUCAGAUCCAAAAGUAACAUUGAAGAUUCAAAAAAUGGAUUAAUAAACAAAACCGACAUUAAAUUUCAAUUUAUCAUAUUCGAACUAUUCGUUCGAUCAGUGGAUUUAUAAAUAAUAAAUAUAUAUAUAAUUAAUAAAACUAAUUAAUUAAUCUAUGAGGCAUGAGGCGCGAGAUGAAGACGCGAGGAAGGAAGAGUAACAAUGGUAGUCAUUCAAUAAUAGAUUUGUAUUUUUCAGUGUUGAAAAAUUUUUUAUACCGCUGUUAUAUUCUUGUCUAAAUAUCUUAGUUUUCAGUGUGACAGAAGAAUAAUGUAUGAGCGAAAAUAAAUAGGUCAAAAUGUAUGAGUGGUCAUGAGAGAGUAUAGAGUACGGGCAUCGUCGAUACGUUUGAAUUAUUACGUGUGAAUAAAAAAAAAAACGAUUAUAAUAAUUAAUAUAAAUAAGAACAAUGAAUUUUUUAAGUGCUAAAAAAACAAAUCAAUUUUUCGGUAUUAGCCAAUUACAAUUAAUGUUUGUUAUAAAUUAUUCAUUACAAUUAAAUGUAUAUUCGCCAUAACUUAAUGAAAAAAAAAAAAUUGUAUAAUGCGCGUGAAAAAUUUUUAAUCGAUUGCCGGGUCGUUAGUAUGUCAGAUUGAAGUGAUAAAUUUUUUUUACCUUUUUUAAAUAUUUCAUUGGCUUAAUUAUAUAUAUAUAUUAAAUGGAAAAACAAAUAAUAAUAAUAAUAUUUUUAAUAUCAAUAGUAAUAGUAAUAAUAACAAUGACGACUGUAGUUACUAUUAUUAUUUUUAUUGUUUGUUAUUAUUAUUAUUAUUAUUAAUUAAUUAUACUUUAUUAUGCAUACUCAACAUUUACAAACAUAACACACCUCGUACCUAUGUAGAGGACCACUGCUGCUCAUCCUCCAAUAUAUAAUUGUUUUUUUGUCCGCGAAUGUUUAAAAUAAAUUUUUAUUUUUUUACACAGAGUUAUUGUAAAAUGUAAUAAUUAUAGAAAAAUCUUAGUAUCUAUAAAAAAUGAACUCCGGAUAUUGUUUUUUUGUUAAUAAUUACAUAUAAAUAUAUAUAUUUUUUUUAAAUAAUAAAGUAAAUAUCUAACAUAAUAAGUUCGUGAACCUGAGAAAAAUAAACUAAAGCAAAUAUCUAAUUCAUGAGAAUAAAAAAAAAAAAAAAUCUUGUGAAAGAAAAAGGCAUUACCCAAAAAUGAUUUGUUAAUUUUUUAAAAUCAUUUCUGCGGUUUUCUCAGAUGAACGACGAGUAAACACGAGUUUCCGGUCGUUUUCAUUCCCGGAAGUUUGCGGUGAUUUUUUAAAAAACCACACAAUUAUUAUUACUUAUACAGCUAUUUUUUAUUAUCGAACAUAACUAUAAUUAUUACUAUUAAUAAUUAAUAUUAUUACACUUAUUAUUAUUUUUUUUUAUUAUCAUCAUCACCAUCCAUCGUUAAUAGGUAGAAUCGUUAUUAUAUGAUAUAUAUCGUAGAGAUCUCCACAUACCAAAGAUACAUACAACACACACUUACACCAACACAACACAUUAGCACGCACACAAAAAAACACUGACACAAGAUGAGCAAAUUUUUCCCGCCCGUCAAUGCAAUACAUACACUUUUUUCUUUUUCUUUUUUUAUUUCAUUAAUUAAUACUAUUGAAUACAAUACCGAAGAACAUUUUGCUAUUUAAUUCGGCCAAUUAAUUAAUUAAUUAAUAACUAAUUAUAUAAAUAUCAUCAUCUUUUAACUCAUAUCGUGCGAGUGCCGUUUUUUAGUCUAGUUAAUGAAAAAAAAAAAUGCCUAAAUUUUUUGAAGGUAUUUUUUUGCGAUUCAUGACCUGACCGCAUGCGCACUAGAUGUAAAUUAUGAUUUAAGUUAUAGUAAAGAGAGGUAAAAAAAUAAAUAAAUUAGAAAAAAAAGAGAUAAAGUGGAGAAGCAGAAACUUAUCGUGAAUGCGUCAAGUAUCGCGUCCCGUCUUUUAGGAAAUAGGGAUUUAAUAGAGGUAAGACUUCGUUCGAAGCAGCUGGGAGUAGUGCAAUGUUUUAAUGGACUGGGUUUGAAGUGUGAGGAAGGAAGUGUUCACGAACAACAAGGCAUUCGUAUUGAAAAGAGAAAAGUAACGUUUGAAAAUUUACGAGGUAAACCGCGUGCAAGACGUGGGAAAAGUUUCUAAUUGAAGUUAUCCUUUAGUAACAUCACUAGUCAAACUCGUUAAGGUGAUUAAAAGCAUGCUUGUUACCUUAAAACGACGAAAAAGAAACUAAAUAGACAUCAUUACAUCUCGAAUGGUCUUUCGUUUCGUGAGACUUCACCUCCACUUUGUUUCCUUCAUGAGUUUGUUAGUAUGAUAAAAGAAAUGAAGAAGAGAAGAAGGAUAAGAAGGGAAAGCAAACGGGAAACCGGUUCGACAUGAUUCCAUGAACUUAUUUCAUGGGUAUGAAUGUAAAGAGAAAGAUUAAAUAAAUGAUUAUAAGAUUAAAUUAAUGCUGAAAAUUUUCGUAUGUGUAUAAUACGUUUUAGAGUACCAAUUAUAACUACGUGUGUUUUCUAGUGAAUGAGAUGAGAUUUUUGAUUGUCUAGUAAAAUUGAUAAGUUGGUUUUAUUAUUUUUAUUCUUUCCUUAUAUUAAUUUGUAAGUUUUUCAUGUAACGCGCACGCGAUCACACUAUUGAAAAAAAAACACAUAUACAACAAUUUUUACUAAACAUUUAUAUAUAUAUAUCACCUAUUCAAUCGAUGAAUAGAAAGUGCAAAAUAUCAAAAACACGCGCGCGCGUGUUUUUCUUUUUUACCAUUUCAAUUAAGAGAAUAAAUACAUAAAAAUACUAAAAAAUUAUUUUCUGCAAGUUAUUAUAUGUAAUACUUUUUCUGCUUCGUAAAGUAUACUAGCGAGUCGAGAAAGUGAAAUAAUAAAAGUGAGACUACGCUAGAAUAAAGAGUUUUGUAAUUUUAAAUAAAAAUUAUGUCUUGUAUA